CACAACUCAGAGCUAGAUGUAGAAUCCAGUCUAUUUAUCAUAAACACAGGUCAAGAAGAAAUAGAACACAUCACGACUGGCUACUCCAAAAUGGAUUUAACAUACCAGAAACCCGACACAAUCGAUCCACAGACCCAGAAACCAGAUCCGGAACCUGCUGUGAUGAAACCGAGACUGAGCAGGAACAGGUCAGUGGCUGCAUCUGAGCAUCCGGAUCACUCACCAAUGAAGCCUGCUGUGUCUAUGAUGAGAAGAUCUUCGUCAGUCAGCUCUGCCACCACGUGGCCUCUUCCUUUCAACGAAGGAGAUGAUAAAGAGAAUGUCCAUGAGAAGAAGAAGAGCAACAAGAUCAAGAAGAAAGCAUUCGUUAAGGCUUGUAAGCGAUUCUUUGGGAUCUCUUAAAACUCCUUUUUUUUGUUGUUUUGCCUCUCUACUCUCUUAUCUGCCAUAUUAUAUAGAUCUGAAUGUUAUUUCCCAUUAAAGUCUUAUCGCUAUGUGAAACGUUUAAUACAAGAACAUGUUUCUUAUAUAACUGUUAUCGACUGUUUUGAAUGUUCGAUCAGUGAUUUUGACUUA